UAUUUUGUGCGAUCAUUUGGUGGGUGUUUCGUUAAUGGCUCUUCACACUCAUCAAAAAUGUACAACAAAGAAGAAACACUCAGGAAACUAUUGAAACAGGAUGAGUACAAUUUUGGUGCUAUAACGUUCUUUGCUAAGCUUCAUAAAGGGGACACUUGUGGAAGCAAUGGUCUACCAUUAACUCCCAAUUCCAUCAUUAUUUAUGGGCAGGCACAAUCAUUGAAAACGUUUACCAGCCCAUAUUUAUGCCAGUAUUUAGAUAUAAUACGUGGAAAACAUGAACGAACUGUUGUUGUCUCACAAUAUUGUGGAAAACCUCUAUCAGAGAGCAUUGGAAAGUCUCAAUUUCAAGUGAAUGAUAUUAAAAGAAUUGCUUUCCAAAUCAUUACUGCUUUGGAUAUAUUACAUAAGAAGGAUAUAGUUCACAGAAAUUUAAGCACUGAGAAUAUUCUACUUCAACACGAUGGAAAUAUUAAACUGUUCAAUUAUGGUUUAUACCAUAUGACUUGUAAUGGAAAAUUGGUUUCUUUUCCAAUUUUACAACUGAUAUAUACUGCACCAGAAGUGUAUUUGGCUGGACCAAAUGCUACAAAAUCAUCAUGCAGAUCAGAUAUUUGGUCUUUGGGGAUGAUUUUAGUGGAAUUAGUUUUGGAUCAACCACUGUGGGCUAACUUGAAACUUGGACAGAGAAUUCGUAAGGUUUUGAGUAUGAUCCACUCUAAUACUUCAGUGUUUGAGAGAAUAGCCAGAGAACACAAUUGCUUUGAAGUUUAUGAGAAUUUGGAUGGUGGAUUAAAGGAAUUUAUUGAAAACUGUUUGACUGUAAUGACAAAGGACAGGCCACAUUCUAAGGAUCUAGUAAAUAAGAACAUAUUCAACGAAUUUUCCGCAGCAAACCAACAACCUCGAAGUAAAGUCAUUAAAGAAUUUAAGACUUUUACUAUUGCAGACUUUUAUCAUUGGUGGCAAUUGGCUGGAGGCGAUGUCUUGCAAGAACUUAAAAAGCAAGGUUUAAUUCGAUCCAGUCCACCUAUUUUAUCAAUGCCUAGUUUGGUUUUGUUAGAUGGAAGUAUUCUAGGACAAGAAAGGAAUCCAAUGACGCUUUACGAUCCUAGAGUAGCUUUGAUGCCUUUAGAAGCUUUAUACGAUAGAUUAAAAGAUGUUACGGUGACGGAGUUCUAUCCGCUGUUUCAUUGCAACUCAAAGAUCAUAAAAAAUUCAGAAACUAACAAGUAUGACAUAGAUUUACCGCUAAUCAUUAGAGAGAAAAAUACGGAAUAUCAAUUCCAAAGGAUAAUCAUAUUCAGGAGGCUAUUGCAUUCGUAUCCUUAUGGAAUCGACUUUUUGAUUUCUGCAGCGGAAAUUGAUAUACCGCCUUGGUUGAGAGGCGAAAUUUGGGCUGCAAUUUUAAGAAUUAAAGGCGACUAUGAAAACGAGUAUCUUUUAAUCGAUAAAGAAACCCCAACCAAUACAGAUCGACAGAUUGAAGUUGAUAUUCCUAGAUGUCAUCAAUACAAUGAAUUUUUAUCAUCUGCGGAAGGCCACAGGAAACUGAAACGAAUCCUGAAAGCUUGGGUACACAAGAACUCGCAAUACGUCUAUUGGCAGGGUUUGGAUUCAUUAACCGCGCCGUUUUUGUUCCUUAAUUUCAACAACGAAGCGUUAGCAUUUGCGUGCCUCUCGUCGUUUGUACCAAAAUACCUCCACAAAUUCUUUUUGAAAGACAACUCUACUGUGAUACAAGAAUACUUGGCAAAAUUCUCCCAACUCAUCGCCUUCCACGAUCCAGUACUAGCUAAUCACCUGUACGAAAUCAAUUUUAUUCCGGAGUUAUUCGCCAUCCCAUGGUUUUUAACGAUGUUCUCACAUGUGUUCCCUCUGCAUAAGAUAUUACAUCUUUGGGAUAAAUUGCUGCUUGGAGAUUCAUCAUUUCCUCUCCACAUUGGACUUUCCGUUUUGACACAAUUAAGGGCUAGAUUAUUAUCGUCCGGCUUCAACGAGUGCAUUUUGUUAUUCUCUGAUCUGCCUGAAGUUGAUAUAGAGAAAUGUGUGAAGCUUUCUUUAGAGACAUACAAAAAUACACCGAAGAGCAUUACAACGAGAUUGCACCAAAACGAAGAGUAUUACCCAAUAACUAAAGAUUUUAAUAUAAGCGACAUCUCUACAAGAGAAUUGAACAAAGAAAGAUGUGCUAGGAUAAGUACAACAGACGUAGUCAAGUUAAUUAAUGAUUUGAAGGAUAACAUAGUGAUCGUCGAUAUUCGCAAUCCUACUCAAUACAACGGCUGCGCAUCUGAGAAAAGUAUCAAUAUUCCAUUCUCCAGCGUGAAAUUCGGAGAAGUUGGAAUUGAGAGUUUAGGGCUACACGGAAAUAUGCUUUGCAAUAAUACGGAGAAGAACGUGGUUGUUGUUGGAUCAGAAGAUACAGAUCUGACUUUGUUUCCAAAAUUUUUAUUGGAAUGCAACGUGCAUCGAGUGUGCGUGUUGCACGGAGGGUUCGAUUCUCUUCUCGCCGCAAAACCAUCGAUUUCAUUCGUCUAUCAUGAUCGCAAUAAUGUACAUUGAUGUUCUGUUUUUGUUAUUUAAUUAAAGAAUCAAUUUAUAUAAUAAUAUUAUAUAU